GACCAUGGACUGAGUUUGGGUAGGAAAUGCAUCUAUACAUAGGGAAAUCACACAUUAGGAUAAAACACAAGUUAUAACAUUAAAAUCCCGAGAGUUAAAGAUCAUUUGUUGAGUUAAAGAGGAUCAGGAAGAAGUCUGUUGCUUGCUGAAUCCCGGAAGUGGAUACUGUAGAGUGGAAAUAACGCGGGAGAGAAGUUUCUCGCAAUUACUGGAAAUGAUGAAACACGAAGAAAGAACCUCUCCUGACCCUUUAUACAGUCUAUGCUCCUGACGUGUGCUUAAGAAGUAUAUAAGAUCAGUCUGCAGGAGUAACUUCAUUUAUUAUCACUGGGGAGGUUAAAGUACCAAACUUAAAGCAGCAUAUAGAUCCAUGCUCUCUGAGAAUCCUAAGACAAUCUAAGAAGUGUUGGUUUCAGACUGCAGGAGCAGCACCUCCACCUUCAGUCAUCAGAACAUCGAUAACACUCUGUUUCUAAAACAUGAGGAACCGCCAGAGGGGAUCCCAUCUGGGCCUGCUGCUCCUGGCCUCCCAGCUGUACCAGGUGGGUCUGGACAACAUCCCUCCGGUCACCCUGGCUGUCCUGGGACUCAACGUGUACCUCUUCCUGUUCCCUGCAGCUCCUCUGAUGAAGACCUGCGUGAGUGUCCAGCAGGCGUACUGGUAUGGCGACUGGCGCCGUCUCCUGCUGUCCCCGCUGCACCACGCAGAUGACUGGCACCUUUACUUCAACAUGGCGUCCUUCCUCUGGAAAGGGAAGAAGCUGGAGCAGCGGCUGGGUGGACCCUGGUUCCUCUACAUGCUGUCAGUCUUCUCUCUGCUCACAGGGUUGGUCUACCUGGGGUUGGAGGCGGCGCUUACAGAGCUGACUGACGAUCAGUCCUACAGCAUGACCUGUGCUGUCGGCUUUUCAGGUGUCCUGUUUGCUCUGAAGGUGAUCAAUAACCAUUACCACCCUGGAGGAGUGACCUAUGCGAUGGGAAUCCCUGUAUCCAAUCGCUACGCCAGCUGGGUGGAGCUUGUGCUGAUCCACAUAACUUCACCCGGGACCUCUUUUGUGGGUCACCUGGCAGGUAUCCUGGUGGGUCUGCUCUACACAGUUGGACCGUUAAAGACCAUCAUGAAGAAAUGUGCAGGGAUUGUGACAUCAAGCGGAUUCACCUCUCAGCCCGGUGUGUACUACAACUCCUCAGGCUCCUCAGGCUACAGUGGCACUAAUGGAGGAUACUCGGGACACCAGCGGUAUGCACCAAAUCCUGCACCAUACCCUUCCUCAUCCUACUCAGGUGGGCUGACGGAGGAGGAGCAGCUGGAAGCCGCCAUCAGAAACAGUCUGAAUGAAGGAGGGCGAACCGACCAGAGGAGAGCUUCCCCUCCUCCUCCUGUUCCUUCUGCUCCUCCUGCGUAUGGUUUCCACGUCCCUCAGGAGGGCAGCGCUGAGGACAUCAGGAUGAGGAGACUGAGGAGGUUUGACAGCUGAUGUGGAGAGAUGGUUCAGGUGACUAAACAGAAAAGGAUGAAAUCUCUCCUGAAGCUUCAAACUCUGCAUCCCCACAUGCUGAGGAAGAGCGGCCUGAGCGAGAAGGUCAAUCCACACAGCCCGACACUCUGUACAGUGUUUUUACUGUAACCUCACUCUGAGUGCUACCAAAGAGCUCAUGUUGCUGUAAUGUAUCAUACAGUGACUAUGAAGCUGAGAGGCUUAAUGUGCAGGUUGAUGGAGUUUCUUCUGAUUUGAGAAUGACUUAAAGUCUCAUGGAGUACAUUAUUAUUCAAUAUUAGUCUGUUGUAACGUCAUGUACCUGGCAUUACAUUAAAUGCCUUUAAGUUCUUCACAACUUUUUUUCAUUUUUUACUCAAUGCAUUACUUUAUAAAGCCUUUCUUUUUUUUUUAAGCAGAGUUUUAUUGUUUUUUGUUUUUCCACAAACAGAGGAGAAUGAAAUCAAACAUUUAUCUUGCUUUGCAUCACAUUACACAUUUAAAAUAGUACAAAAAGAGUGGAUUAUAUAAAGAAAUUUACAUUAGAAAGAGAAAAGAAGAAAGAAAAAUAAAUAAAAUACAUGAAUCAAUAAAUAAGAAAAGUAUUGCCACAGUGCCACAGCGUAUAUUCCAAACAAGGAAAACCCAGCCGCCAGACCACUCCCCCUCCACAGGUUGAUGUCAUGCAUAUUGCCAUUAUAAUAAGUUCUCUCAUACCAAGUACAAGCAAACAUAAUACCUGAUAACAAAAGGAAGAGCUAGCAAAGCUGUACUGAUAAUAGAGACACAAUACUAAAAAGAAGGAGGAGGAUGCUCAUUAAAUGAUUAGGUUUGUCCCCUCAUCACAAGUUGAGUCAGUUCUUGAGGUGAAUAACUGAGCACAGGAGACCACGUCAGUAAAGUACCUCUCAUUACCCCUCAGAACCACACUGAACCUUUCUAUGUAAUCCAAACCACAUCAGACCGGGUCAGUAUCUAAUUAUUCUUUUUGUCAAACUGGGACUAAGUUACUGCCAAAAAGUGGUUUUCAACAUUUGAUGUUUUAUCUUAAUGGGACAUAUUAUUAUUUGAGUGAUGCAUUAUAGCCUCAGUGAAGCUCUGACUCUCUUCAUAGUGUUCUUCAAGUUCUGACUGAAUCCUUCUUUACUAUCAGGUCAGUUCUCCUCACAUUACAUGACACUGUAUGUCAUAUAUCAUAUAUAAACACAAGCCUUCUGUUUAACUGCUCAGUGCUGUCUUUGUGUUUAUCAAAGGGGACAUUGCUAGUUUCAUAGAGGUAGAGUUUCCUGAUGCACGUGUGAAUAAAUGUUAUUUCAACACAAAA